AUGACCAGUGAAAUUGGUUUAUCAGUGAUGACCAGUGAAAUUGGUUCAUUAGUGACAACUAGUGAAAUUGGUUCAUCAGUGAUGACCAGUGAAAUUGGUUUAUCAGUGAUGAUCAGUGAAAUUGGUUCAUUAGUGACAACUAGUGAAAUUGGUUUAUCAGUGAUGACCAGUGAAAUUGGUUUAUCAGUGAUGACCAGUGAAAUUGGUUCAUUAGUGAUAACUAGUGAAAUUUGUUCAUUAGUGAUAACCAGUGAAAUUGGUUUAUCAGUGAUGACCAGUGAAAUUGGUUUAUCAGUGAUAACCAGUGAAAUUGGUUCAUCAGUGAUGACCAGUGAAAUUGGUUCAUCAGUGAUGACCAGUGAAAUUGGUUCAUCAGUGAUGACCAGUGAAAUUGGUUCAUUAGUGACGGCCAGUGAAAUUGGUUCAUCAGUGAUGACCAGUGAAAUUGGUUCAACAGUGAUAACCAGUGAAAUUGGGUCAAUGAUGAUAACCAGUGAAAUUGGUUCAUCGGUGAUAACCAGUGAAAUUGGUUCAGUGAUGAUAACCAGUGAAAUUGGUUUAUCAAUGAUAACCAGUGGAUUUGGUUUACCAGUGAUAACCAGUGGAUUUGGUUCACCAGUGAUAACCAGUGGAUUUGGUUCACCAGUGAUGACCAGUGGAUUUGGUUCACCAGUGAUGACCAGUGGAUUUGGUUGGAUUUGGAGGUGCUAG